GUGGGUCUUGCUCCUGGAGACUUGUUCUAUGAUCAUUGCCUCGCAGGAGUACAAAGAACAAUUCAAUUUCUCAAUCAAAAGGUUUAUUACCAUCAAACAUCAAUGCCCUAGCAACUAACUCAAUACACGUUGUUAUGAAAAUAUUUGGCUGAUUUUAUGCCUACUGAUGUUAACUCUGCAGAGAGGAAGAAAUCUUGAAUUUGGCGAGCUUGUGAAGGCAAGCUGGGUUGCAAAUACUUUUACUAGCUUUUAUGUCGCCUUUACUGCAACAGAAUAUGGGGAAAAACAAUCUUACCAAGCUCAAGUGUUUGUCUCUCUACAUGAUUACAGUCGAGUUGAGUUUUGGGAGUUCAGGGAAGCACCAUCAAAGGUAAUAACGAUCUUUCAAACCCUCAAUAAUACCUAGUCUUUAUCUGCACGUACGUCUCCAUGAGAUCAGAUGGUUUGAUUUUAUUAUUUCUUUAUGGUUAUUUCCCCUAUUCUCGCAGAAGGGCGACGACGUUGGGAAAGAUUGAAGCAUGCUCUUGUUAAGGUUGCAAUACCUACUCUAAAUUAAAUAAAUUGACUCUGCUUAUCUAUGGAGUACUUUUUCUUGUGUUCUCUCGAGAUGUUGAACAAUCUCUAGGCGUUUUUUUGUUUACAUUGUGAUUCAAUAUUUUCUUGUCGUCCCCUUGAUGUUGUCAUUCUACCUUUUUAUUAUCAUUUGACACAAAGUUUCUUACUUGGGUCAUGCUCUAGCCACCCAAUUAAGAUCAAAUCUAAUCUGAACAAUAAUAAGUAUAUAAAAAAAUAUAUAAGUUGGAGAGACAGGGUUGUAUUCAAUUCAGAUUUUAAAAAAUUUUGAUAGAUUAUUUAAAGUCCCUGGAUUAUGUAAAAUCAAUGAAUUAUUUAUCAUACCCUACCUACCACAUCUCUGGAUUAAAAAAUUUUUGAUUUUUUUUAAGGGUAACCUUCAGGAUCUACGCCAUGGCUGAUGAUUCACCUCAUCCGGAUAAUAUAAUGAAGGACGAAAUGGGAAUCGUUACUGACAUAACUGAUAACCCGCCGAUUGAGUCUCGGCCAGAGUGGUACACAAGUUUUCCAACUGAGACUACAUACGAUUCAGACGGGGAGCCUUUUCUGGCUAAAGAUGAUUCCAUUGCUGAAGACAUGGAAUCUUAUAGGCAAUUCAGGGCUGAUUUUCUUGCCAGUGAUGGUUAUGAUGUCACUCACUUUUUUGUGCCGUCUCCCAAUUUUCGCUAUUUCGUAUGUAAUCUGCUUCGACCUGUGGAUCUUGCUCCUGGAGAUGUGUUCUAUGAUCAUUGCCUCCAAGCAGUACGAAGAACGAUUCAAUUUCUCAAUCAAAAGAGAGGAAGAAACCUUGAAUUUGGUGAGCUUGUGAAGGCAAACAGGGUUGCAAAUACUUCUCUUAGCUUUUAUGCGACCUUUACUGCAACAGAAUAUGGAGAAAAGCAAACUUACCAAGCUCAAGUGUUUGUCCCUCUACAUGAUUACAGUCGAGUUGAGAUUUGGGAGUUCAGGGCAGCAGCACCAAAGGACGGGAGGGUUCGAAUCGAGAAGUUCAACGGUACUGAUUUUGCAUGGUGGAAAAUGCAAAUAGAGGCGUUGCUUGGUGAGUGCGAUUUGGACAUGGUACUGGAAGAGAAACCGGAUGGAAUGGAUAAGGCUGCUGAAGCAAUUUGGGACUCAAAGGACAAAAAGGCAAGAGGUAAAAUUACACUAGCUUUGACGAGGAGUGUGGCGUUUAAUAUCAUGAAGGAAACAACUGCUCGUGGUAUGUUAACAGCUCUGUCAAAUAUGUAUGAGAAACCGUCGGCCGGUAAUAGAGUGUUCUUGAUGAGGGAAUUGUUCAUGAUGAGAAUGAACGAGGGCAGCCCAGUUGCUGAUCACAUUAAUGAGGUCAAUUCGAUCUUGUCGAGGUUGUCAUCAGUAGGCAUGAAGUUCGAUGAUGACACUCAGGCUGUGAUUCUGUUAUCUUCCUUGCCUGAUAGUUGGUCGGGAUUUGUGACAACGGUUACUGAAACUGCUGGAACAGGAAACUUGAAGUUUGAUCGGAUACGGGAUAGUGUUUUGGGUGAAGACAUUCGCCGGAGGAACGCUAGUGGAGGAUCUACUUCUGGGUUACUCAAUGUUAGCAGGGGAAGAGAGGCUGUGGCGGUUACAGUCACGACUGGGUUGGAGCUCGGUGGAGCUUCAACUGUCCUUUCAGGUUAUUAAUGAAGGGGGUGGUUGCAACUAGGGGAUAUAACUGGAGUCUUAGCUUGUUCUUGGGAACUGAAGGCUUGGAGGAAUUGACAGUGAAGAUUACUGAGUUACUCAUGAUGGGUUUACUUGGAUGGCAUUUGUGUCUAUGCGAAAUCCUUCAAGUGGGAGAUUGUUGGGUUAUUCGGUGAAGGCUUUGGAGCUUUGGGCUUUAAGCCCGGUCGGUUAAAGGGAAGAAAUAUGGGGGCCCGGU